AUGGGCGAUUACGACCAGCUUUACCAGCAGGGGCUGUACCUCGACCCCAACCAGCAAGAUCUCCUUCUGGCUGCCCUCUCCUCCAACAACCCCUCCCAGAAGCCCGAACCCAAUGCUUCCUACAUCAAACCUGAUCACAGCCCGGAUCAAGCUUCGUCAAAUGGUCCUAGUGGUCCUCCGUCCGACGGUCUCGACGGCAGCUACUCCAACCCCAAUGCUUUUCGGUAUGCCGAUGACGAAAGUCCCUUCCUGGACUUUAACCCCGAGGUGGAUUUUGAGUUCCCCAACUCAGAGGAUCUGAUUGGGGAUCUUCCGGGCAGUGCGUCGACGUUCGACUAUGAGCUCGGCGAGAAGAGGAAGUCCAUGGACGGCAAAUCUGAGAUCGAUGGCGAGGAGAACGGGAGAAAGCGACGGGAAAGCGAGGCGAAGAAGCCUGGGAGGAAGCCACUGACCUCGGAGCCAACAACUAAGCGCAAGGCUCAGAACCGCGCCGCGCAGAGGGCCUUCAGGGAACGCAAGGAGAAGCAUUUGAAGGACCUGGAGACCAAGGUGGAUGAGCUGCAGCAGUCGUCAGACACGGCGAAUCAAGAGAAUGGCUUGUUACGCGCCCAGGUGGAACGAUUGCAAGUGGAGCUGCGCGAAUACCGCAAGCGACUCUCGUGGAUGAGCAAUGGUAGCGGCAUAUCGGCAAUGAGUGCCAUCCCGGGUAUUCACUCCAAAGGCUCCCAGGGCCUUCACAACAGCGAGUUCUUGUUUGAUUUCCCCAAGUUCGGGGACUUGCCCGGUGGACAUCUUUUCAAUGGGCAAGCGGGGAAGAACGACCAGUCCAAGUCCAAGGACAACUCUCCUCGUGCUCCGGGGGUGUUGAGUCGCGACACAGCCAGACCCAACACCGGCACGAAUGCCGCGGGUACCAAGGCGAACGGCGCACGCUCCAACGGCACCCCCAGCAGCUCAACCUCGUCCAAGCCGGGCUACAAUCACAAAUCCCCUCUCGAUGUUUCGACCUCAGACUCCCCAUCAUCAUCAUCCGACUCGCAUCAAAGUCAGCUACUUUCGUCGAACGGAACCUCACCCGAGCCAAGCAUGAACUCUCCCCACGACGCAAAGUCCCACGAGGCACAUCAUGGGGAUGCUUGCGGCAUACACACCACCAUUGAUGGUGAAAAGUCUUUCUGCGCGCAACUUGGCAUGGCUUGUGGCAAUAUCAAUAAUCCCAUUCCAGCCGUGCGAGAUCAAAAAGCCAAGUCCAACAGCGUUUCCAACAACACGUCUAACAAUACGCCUGGCCGAACCGAAGAACCCACCGAGGGCUCUGGAGACGACACUCUUGGACUCGACUGGCUGGCACAGCAAAAUGGUGGUCAAUUCGAUCCAGUGCUGUUUGGCGACUGGCGCGAGCCCCAAGACGCUGUACUCUCUCAGGACUUUGGAUCCUUCUUCAAUGAUGCAUUCCCUCUGCCGGACUUGGGCAGUCCAUCUCACAACAUCACCGAGGCGGCCACUGAGCAACCGCCCAAGAAGGAUGCUGUCAGCCAAAACGAUAAGAAACUGGAGGAUGAAGUCGUUCCAGGAGAGGACAAGUCAAAGAUGUUGUCGUGCACGAAGAUUUGGGAUCGGUUGCAAUCUAUGGAGAAAUUCCGCACCGGCGAGAUCGACGUUGACAAUCUCUGCACCGAGCUUCGCACCAAGGCGCGCUGUUCAGAGGGCGGCGUAGUCGUGGACCAAAACGAUGUCGACGCCAUCAUGGGCCGAGCCAGAAACCAGCUUUGA